AUGAUGGAGGACACAGAGGAUGAUGUAGCUGUUAUUGGGAUUGGAUGCAGUUUCCCUGGAGGUGAGGGGUUGGACAGUUUGUGGAGGGUCCUGCUGGAGGGGAGGAACUGUGUGGUGGAUAUUCCAGCUCAGAGGUUUGACACCACUUUUUGGUAUGAUGCUGAUGUCAGCAAACCUGGAAAGAUGCUGACAGCCAAAGCAGCUCUUGUAGAGGGGUUGAAUGAGUUUGAUCACAGGUUUUUUGGUAUCACUGAGGUGGAGGCUGACUUUAUGGAUCCUCAGCAGAAGCUCCUGCUGCAGUGCACAUACAGGUCGUUAGAAGAUGCAGGAAUAGCCAUGGAAAGCAUCAGUGGAAGCAGAACUGGCGUUUACAUAGGUCUCAUGAACAGGGACUACGAAAUGCUCAGAAAUGACAGUCCUGGCACAGUUACCCAUUACAACGGCACCGGGACGGCCAUGAGUGUCGCGGCCAACAGAAUUUCUUUCACCUUCAACCUCACUGGCCCUUCGUUUGCCAUUGACAGCGCCUGUUCCUCAUCUUUGGUGGCUCUACAUGUAGCCUGCCAUGCUAUAAAGCAAGGAGACUGUGAGAUGGCGGUAUGUGGAGGGGUGAACUGUAUAAUAGAGCCAAGAGUGUUUGUAGCGCUCAGCAAGGCAAAGAUGAUCUCACCUGAAGGAACCAGUAAGCCCUUCUCCAUCAGAGCAGAUGGCUACGGCAGAGGGGAGGGCUGUGGUGUGGUACUCCUGAAACCUCUCAAACAUGCCAUCAAAGACCACAACAAAAUAUGGGGCAUCAUCAGCAAAACUGCAGUCAACCAAGACGGGCGCUCUGUGACUCCAAUCACCAAACCCUCCAUGAUGCAACAAGAAGAGCUGCUGCGACAGGUCUAUUCAGACACUGACAUCGCAAAUGUCCAGUAUAUAGAAGCACACGGGACUGGAACCCCAGUUGGAGACCCAACAGAGGCAGGAAGCAUCUCCAAUGUCAUUGCUAAAGCCAGACCUCCAGACUUAGGGGUACUACUUAUGGGGUCUCUGAAGGGCAACAUCGGACAUACAGAAUCUGCAGCCGGAGUGGCCGGACUCAUCAAGGUACUCCUGAUGAUGAAGCACAAGACCAUCGUUCCCUCAGUUUUCUACUCUGAAGACAGUGCAAGUGUAGACGUAAAAGCUUUGAGUCUAAAAAUUCCUACAAAAGCUGAAAGAUGGGAGUCAAACGGGCCACUGGGAAGGGUAGCUGGGGUCAACAGCUUUGGGUUUGGGGGCACAAAUGCACAUGUGACUUUAAGAGAGUACAAUCACACAUCAGAUCCCAUAAAAAUCUGGCCAAAAAUAUUUCUAUUAUCUGCAGCCUCUGAAAAGUCACUGAUCCUGACCAUCACUGACACCUACCAAAGACUCUGCAGCGAUGGAGCAGUAGACCUGCAGGCACUCUCAUACACCUCAGCAUGUAGGAGGAGUCAUUGCAAACAUAAAUAUAGGAAAGCCUUUUCAACCUCUUCCCUUUCAGAUUUUAAACACCAGCUCACAUCAGCACUGAAGACAAAGGCUGAGCCAGUAAGGUCUGAUGUAAAGGUGGUCUUUGUGUUUUGUGGAAAUGGGGUUUCCUACAGAGGGAUGUGCAAGCAGCUCAUGAUGGAGGUUCCUGGUUUCAGAGAAAAAGUCAAAGAAAUUGAGAGCAUCUUUCAGAGUUAUAAAGAUAUCCGUAUCAGUCAGUGGCUUGCUGGUGAGUCCAGUGAUGGUGACUUCAGCCAGCCAGAUGUUGUCCAGCCUCUUCUUUUGGCGGUUCAAGUUGGCAUCUCCACUCUGCUGAAGAACUGGGGAGUCAAACCCCACACUGUGCUCGGUCAUUCCGUAGGUGAGAUCGCUGCUGCUCACUGCUCAGGCCUCUUGUCCCUUGAGGAUGCGGUGAAGGUGUGUUUCCAUCGGAGCACUCUUCAGAGCAAAGUCACAGGUGGGAAAAUGCUUGUGGUCAGCAAUUUGGCUGUAGAAAAAGUUUUCGAGGUUCUUUCUCUCUUCUCCGGGAAGAUUAAUGUAGCUGCUGUCAACAGCCCUCAGUCAUGCACUCUGUCAGGAGAUGCAGAUGCUGUAGGCACCUUCCAUGAGAAGCUGAAGCUCCUUUUUCCUGAUAAGAAUCUCUUCCUUCAUCACUUAGAUGUUCCAGCAGCUUAUCAUAGCCAUAUGAUGGAUCCAGUUCUUGACGACAUUGAGAGAAGUAUAGGCCUUUUGGACUGCAACAACAUGGAGUGUGAGAUUUAUUCAACAGUGACUGGAGAGAGGUAUUCACAUGGUGACUUCAGCUCAGGAAGAUAUUGGGCAAAGAAUGUCCGAAAGCCCGUCUUGUUUGAGCGAGCGCUUCGUGCUGCCAUCAAAGAUAAGCAGUCUAACAGAAACGUGGUCUUUGUGGAGAUUGGACCUCGACGGGCUCUUCAAAGGUACAUACAGGAGAGUCUUGGAAAUGAUAUUACAGUUCUUUCUUCUGUCCACACAGAGAAAGAUUGUGACACUAUCUCCUUGACUGUGGCCAAACUGUUUGAACUUGGUCUUGAUAUAGACUGGAAUCAGGUCUACAGGGGGUGUGAGACAUUACCCACAGCUCUUCCUGUUUAUCAGUUUGACAGCACAAAGAAGGAUGUCAGUUUUGAAGAUUUGAGAAAAGACAGUGGAUCAUCCAUUUUCUCUCACCAUGCACUCAUAACCCAAACAAGGCAGAAUAACACAGAAUUUGUGUGCAACAUCUCAUUGGAGACUGCACCUUAUCUUUGGGAGCAUAAAAACAACGGUGUUGCCAUCGUGCCUGGUGCUUUCUACGUGGAAUUAGCUUAUGCUGCUGUGAUGGCAAGUCUGCAACCAAAGAAACCAGUUUCCCAGCUCUGUCUCAGUGUUGCAUUUGAGAACGUGCUUACUCUGAACUCAAGCUGCCAGCAGCUGAAGGUCACAUUAGAUCAUUCAGGCAAACCGGCGUCAUUUAAAAUACUGUCUGCUGUUGCAACACUCACCUCUGGCACAUACAGCUGUACAGAUCAGCAGCAGAUGUUAGAGGAAGCAACCAUUUGUCCUAAUGUGAUCUUCCAAAGGUGCAACUUAGUUAUGACAAGACGGGAAAUUUAUUCAGUUCUCUCUCAUGCAGGAUUUGAGUAUGGUCCACUUUUCAAGCAGCUGGAUGAUGUGCGUUUGGGGAAUGAAUUCAAGGAAGCUGUGACAACUUUUCAAGUCCCUUCUGAAGUUCUGAAAUGUCUUCAUGAAUAUUUCCUUCACCCUGUGCUGCUGGAUUAUUUCAUGCAGAUGACUGCUGUGGUAGCAAUGGGUCAGCUGGCAGGAAAACAGGGAUUCCCUUCAGGUAUCGCAGCUAUAGCUAUUUCAGGACCCCUGCAGGAGGAAAUGGUUAUGUACUUGCAGGCAACUAAGGAAAGCCCAGACUUCCUUGACGUUUGUGGUUGUUUUGCGUCAAUAGAGGGGAAAGUACUGGUGGAGAUUAAAGGGGCGAGGAUUUCCUUUUUGGACUGCUGCUCAAAUGUUGCCCAGUUGCCAUUCUUUCACAAUGAAAUAUAUGCAAUUGCAAAUGAAAAGGAUUUGCAAAAUCGUCAACUGAAAGCAAUUGUUUUCAAAGAUAAACUCGGGAUUGCAACAAGGCUGGGACCAAACAUAAGCCCAGAGUCAGUCAUCGUGGAAAGCACAGAGAUGUCAGCAGACCAAGUUCAAAAUUUGGUGAUCAGCUCACUGAGACACAAGGAGGAUCUGAGGGAUGUUCUCUUCAUUUGGGGUGUAGAGGACCUCAGUCACUUAUCAUCUGAGAAGAUGCUGGACUGCUUGGUCACCUGCUGUGAGACAUUUCGCUGGAUUGUUUUAGCUGUCAAAGAGAGCAGAUGCUGCUGCACUGUUAGGGUCAUAACUUACAGAUCUACAGAAAUGACUGUGGACCAUGUCAGUCCUGGUUUUGUGCUUUGUGGUUUGACAAGGGCUUGCGCAGCAGAGAUGCCGGAUCUUUGUUUUCAGCUGAUUGACCUCGCUUCUGUGACCAAUGAAGACAUUCAAACGCUGGUUCAUGUGGUUAAAACUUGCCAACAGCAGGAAGUGAGGAUCAGUAAAGGGCAGGUGUUAGCAACAAAAAUAGCUAAGACCCCAGUGAAAGACGAGGAUUUAUGUGAUGGUGAGGCACACACUGUGCAUCUAGGAGACUUUGUCUUGCAGACCUCUGAUCCAUACAAAAUGGCCCACCUAUCUGCCAUCCCUGCUGAUCCUGACAGAAACCCUAUCCAGAAGAAGUCAGUUAAAAUUCAGCUCACAAAUGUAUGUGUGCAUUCAUCUGAUUUCUUCCCUGUCAGCACUUCCCAUUUGAACUUUGGCAGAACGAUGUACUGGACCAAGUAUGUGUCACAGAAUCACAAGCUUUUGGCUUUAGAUUUUAGUGGCAUUGUCACAGCUGUUGGGAAAGAUGUUAAAACUGUAAGAGUGGGAGACCAUGUUGCAUCAUGUUAUCCAGUUACUGCAACAGUAACUGUCACGAUUCCUGAAGCAGCAUGUUACAGCACAAAGACACUACCGUUCUUCAAAGAAACGCCAUGUGUGUCUUACUUCAUCCUAGCAUGGGAGAUCCUGCAGAGACUUCUGCCUGAUGUUAAAAUCCAGCGCAAGAAGUUGGCAAUUAUCUCCUCAAACCCAGCUUCUGCCCUGAUGAAAGUUUUGUCUCUCACAGCGAGCAGGUCAGGCUGGAAUGUUUCCUCUCGGCUACAUUUCACAAGGGAACUUCCACAUUUCGAUGCUUUUGUUUUCCUGCCCCCAUUUGACCCCUCCUGCCAGGAGGUGUACGACAGUGCUGGACUUGAGAAACAUGUUAUCUUUGUGUGCAGCAGUUACAUGUCACCCUCUGCAAGCCUCUUUGCAUUUAAGAAUGAACACAUUCAUAAGCUUGAUGUGACCAAUGUUCUCCACAGAGCUAAUCUGCAAGCACAAAACAGAGAUAUCUCCAGCUGGCUACUGUCAUUAGGGUUUGGUGCAUCAUCGCUGCCUCUGAGAGGAGAGCUGCACCAGGUAAAAGAGCCUGAGUCCUAUUUCACCACAACAACAGUGCCGCAAGUUGUAUUAGACCAUGGAGGACAUGCAGAAUUAGACAUCCCUUUGCUUCGAAGGCCCAGACAGCUCUUUAAACAGAACUGUGUUUAUAUUGUAAGUGGAGGCAUCUCUGGUUUGGGAUUUGAGACCGUCAAGUUUAUUGCCCACAAUGGUGGAGGCUGCAUUGCAACCCUGUCGAGAAGUUUUCCAUCUGAGGAAAUGCAGCUUGAAAUGGAUCUCCUCCAGAAAAGAUGCAAGGUUGCAAUCACUAACAUCCAGUGUGAUGUGUCUGUGUCGACACAGGUGGUUGAUGCCGUCUCCAACAUUGGAAAACGGUUUCCAACUUGUUCUAUUAAAGGAGUUUUCCACAGUGCUGCAGUGCUACACGACGCACUGAUUGAAUCCCUUGACGAGUCUCUUUUCAGGAAGGUGCUGCAGCCCAAAGUCAGCGGUGCUCUUAAUCUCCACUUUGCAACACUUCACAGCAAGCUUGAUUUCUUUGUGUGCUAUUCUUCCAUCUCAUCGUUCAUAGGCAACACCUCACAGUGUAACUAUGCAGCAGCCAAUUCUUUCCUUGAUGCAUUCUGUCAUUUCCGGAGAAACCUUGGGCUUGCUGGACAGUCCAUCAACUGGGGUCCUUUGAACCUCGGUCUGCUGCUGAACAAAAACCACUUCCAACAGUUCUUGGAGACCAAGGGGAUGAUGAUUUUGGGUGUGCAGGAAAUUCAUCAGAUGCUUAAAAAGUGCCUUUUAAUGAACAGGCCGCAACAAGUAAUAUGCAAAUUCAACUUUAGUAAUCUGAAAAUCCAUGUUCUUUCACAAAAUGCAUCUCUCAAGGAGCGACUGUCAGCUUUAAUGGAAGCAGAACUCAAAGAUGAAAUACACAAUGAAGUCAAUGUUCAACAUUUGUCUUCCUCACAUGAGAGUGUGAGGACGAUUGUCAGUGACAUACUCAAUGUGAGUCCAGCUGAACUGGAUGAUGACUCUUCUCUGUGUGCACUGGGGAUAGACUCCAUGUUAGCCAUGACUUUACAGAACAGGAUUUUCCAGGAAACAGGAGUAAAUGUACCUUUGGUUCUGUUACUGGAUCCCAACAGUACAAUUGCCAAUUUAGAGAAUGUUGUCCUGAACACUGGGUAA